AUGUCCAAAAGUACGCCAUCGAUCCGUCACACUCCGCAGAGUAUCCCGCCUGAGAUAGUCUAUGAAGUUUUAACAUACCAAUUCAAGGAUUACAUGAGCAAUGACUAUCCACCAACAUCAGAGAAGUUCAAUGAGAAUUUAAGGAAUUUUCUCAAGAGUAAUUUGACAGUCAAUAAAACUUUUUACCAUAUUUGCCGAGUGCUGAUUUAUAAACAUUGUAACUUCACCACUGCAAAACGUUUCUAUAAUCUUUUAGAAUCACUGGAGAAGCAAGAGCAAUUGCGAAAUAUCAUCCAAAUUGCGGAUUUCCAAGAACUAACCUCCGUGGGACUUGGUAGAUCCAUGGAAAUGAACAAACAGAUCCAGAAUCUCACAAAUAAGACCCUGUCCAGGUUUUUGGAGCUGACUAAAUGGAAUCUCAGAGAAUUUCUAGCUUGCGAGAACAUUCAAGAAGAUUUGGACUCGAACAUUAUAUAUUUUUUACUGAAGCCUGGGAAAGUGCUCAGUAUAUUGGAUUUUUGCGGGUGCAGCGGACCGUAUCUGACACAGAGCUUUAUGACAGCACUUGAAAAAUUGUAUCCCGCUGAUUCAGACACCAACUCUGCGCCGUUGGAAUAUAACUCCCAGAUGGCUUGUCUUGGACUAAACGAUUGCACAGAUUUGCCAAAUUCCGUUCUGAUUAAGACUCUCAGAAUGUUUCCCGAGUUACAAAAAUUGGACUUGAAUCAUACAUCUAUCGACGAUAACACGUUGUUGAACGGAUUGCCUCAUUUGAAAAGUUUGACACAUCUCUCUCUUGGAUUGUGCUCGCAGCUGACGAGCAGGGCAAUCUUAGAAUUUUUUUCUCAUCAUCCGACAGUCACCGAUGUAAACAACGCGGCUACGCUAGAGUGGCUGAAUCUCGGUGUCACUGCCCAUUCGUCUACGUGGAAUGAUGUUCACACAAUGUUCCUUUUGAAAAAGCUUUGCCAAUACGGCCAUAACAAAACUUUACAAUAUCUUAAUCUCGAUGGCCUGCCUCUCCAUCAAGUGCUUCUCUCCACGGGCAACUCGUUGCAUUCGUCUCCAAACACGUCAGUCACAUCAUUACACACAUUGAACCGACCAACAACGAUCUUCUCAUCGGUAAUUCAUACAGAGCAUUACUACCAGUGUUCAGACACGUUGAUUUUCAUCAAACUCAAUUUCCCCAAAUUGAAAUCCUUAAGCAUCAAGGGCAACAACGUCCCUAUAGACAAACUAAUUGAAUUUUUGAGUCCCAUUGAGGACAUUGCAUACUACGACAACUUGAAAGGGUUAAAGGAGUUCCAAAAACUGAAGUUCCUCAAUGUAGCAAACAACUCGUACGUUAACCAAUGGACCAUCCAAAACCCAAACCUAUUGACCUGCUCGCCAAGCUUGUGCUCGUUGGAGCUUGGUUUUGAUGCCUGGCAACAGAUAGAGAAGCUGAACUCCAACCACGAGUUCAUUACUGUGAAGUACAACAAGAGGACGGACAGGAACGACGUAGUGAAGUGGAAGUGCUUUUUGGACGUUUCUUACGGGAGGAGGUAUUGGAUUUACCGCGUGGAUCCAUACUUGAACAGGGGGGAUAUAGAGCAGAGGUCCUUAGCUGGUACGAAGUUCGAUUCGAAUGGAAACAGAAUUAUCGAAGUUGUCAAGCAGCCCGAUUUUUUAAGGUUUGCGCAGAGCAAGAUCUCGUUAAGUUGUGGGCUUGUCAUCAAGAGCGGUGAGCGUAGGAAAAAGACGUACAGAGACCUCAAGCCACCAAUCUCUCAAUUUUUAACGAGAAACGGGGGUAUCGCUUUUGGGAACAGAUCACAACCGGUGAUACGACCAAGACUGCCGCCCGGAGGGUGGAGGCUGUUACCUGAGGAGGAUGACCAAGAUGUGGACCGUGACGUAGCUCGACACAUGCCCCCCAAUGCUACGCAUGUUGGCUCGACGAGUACGACAGACGAGGACCACCACGAAGUUGGUGGUAUCUACUGGGACAGAUCGAUCCACGAUUUAUCUGCAUUUGGCCAGAGAAACGGGUUUGACAGGCCGCAGCCGGGCACGAUGAGACCGCCACCGCGGCCGCCCUUACUAGCCAUGGGCCCACCAUCAUCGAUUCUCCCUGCAGCACUACCCCCGGGAAACCUGCCCUUGCAGAACGCAGAACCGCAGAACGAUGAGGAGUACCUGAACAAUCCGGACCUUCAAAGACGGAGGUCCGAGCUAAGCCUGCUGAUGUCGCACCAUCCUCUACGGAGACCCGGGCUGCACAGCAACCACAGCAACACCAAAGUGGACACGUUCGCACACUCGCAAAUUGCAGCAGCAAGGACCCCCACAGCUACGGGACGUCCAUCUGGCCCCCGGCGACAACUAGUGAAAAGGCCCUCCGGGUACUACUACGCGCACCCGCAGGAGUUUGUCUACGAUCCGAACGACGCUGUUAUGUCGCGGCGGUACCAAAUACACUUCGAGGUGGUGAACGAGUACAAGACAUUCGGGUGCAUAGAGCGUGGGAUGUACCGGUACUACAGCCUGAGGGCGUAG